UAGAAAAAUCACUAAGGAGCGCAUUGCCCGUCGCUGCACUACUAAAGACAUGACCCAAGGAGUGCGUCUCGCGUUGAAACACUCCAGCCAAUAAUUUCAACGCCACACACCACAAGCACUCCACGUCGGAUCUUUUUUCGCUCUUUUUUUCCGCUGUUACACGUUUUAUUUUCCCUUCUGCCCCUGUUUGUCUCGUCCUCCUUUGCACUGGAUCUUUCGUGCAAGAAGAUGUGUGUGGAGAGCGAUGGAUGCGAGAUCGAGGGCUGCAGCAGUUCGGAUGAGGUGCAGACGCUCUCCGGCAGCAUGAGUCCCGCUCUGAAAUCCACCGCGGAACUCCACCCCUGCAAGCCCGGACACAAAUUCCGCGCUGCGCUGAUGAGAUGCCGGACCCCGACCGCUGCCGCCGGGAUCCUGAGCUUCGGGAACGUCCUGAAUUACAUGGAUAGAUGCACCGUAGCCGGCGUUCUGCUCGACAUACAGCGCCACUUCGACGUGUCGGACAGUAGGAUCGGCUUGCUGCAGACAGGUAGGUCCUCUUCUCUGAUCCUAGUGUUACACAUGUGUGCGAUGGGGGGGGGGUACUCCAAGGAAGGCAGGGUCUCUGGUGACAAGGAGCAGUUCUUACGUGAGGUACCUCUUUUCAAAAACCAGCAGGAUGAGACAAGACGGACAAAGAUCCCGUUGGAGCGAUUGCAUGACUCAUCUCUUAAACCCUCUUUCUUUUUACUGAAAUGAAACGAACAAAACAAAAGACAGAACACACAGCUUUGGAUGUGGUGCAGUUUAUUAGAGAAGGAUUAGAUAGUGUUUACACGUUACGUUAUUGUCCUCCUUUUAAUUCAAUCUAUCCUAUGUAAAUAGUUGUAUGGACCAAAUGUAAAAAUAGGUUUAUAUUUGAUCUUACUUAAAGUUUUCCUACUGGACAUUAGCAAGAAAGGGGAUUAGAUAGUUUACCUUUAUUCUAACAUAUUAGUCUCUUCAAUUUUCAGUUAGACAGUUAAAAGUUGGAAUACGUAUUCACUGACCACAUUGUAAGGAGAAGGGUCAUGUUCUUCACUGUAUCAUCUGACAAAUAAUUGAAGGAAGGAGUUUACUGCUAUUACCUGCUAGCAAGAGGGCAGGUUAGCUGCUAUAAAAACAAGCUGGUGACGCUAGCAGGAAGACAUGGACGCAGGCAGGCAGGUUUGAGAACGUAGCCUUAAACCAGCCAACAUACUGCUGCUGCUGUGACCGUGUGUGCCUGUACCCAAGUGUCUGAGCAUUCUGGUGAGGGCUGGGUUUCCUGCCCUCCCUCCAACCCCAAUGAAUUCACUUGUUUUAGGGGCGCUCUCCUGGCAAAGAGUCCUUUGCUCUGGAGGACAGACGCUAGCCUUGAGCAGUGUCCCCUCUCGCGCAUUCAAACACAAACAAACCACACACAAAGUACCAUUGAGCGAGCAGGUUGGAGUAACGACCAGGAGAAAAAAUAGGCCAGUGUUUUCUUUUUUUUUUUCUUUUUUCUUGCUUAUAUUCUGUGACUGAAGCUGAAUAGUGCGCAAGUGUGAAGUGUUGAGCACGGCAACACUUUCCACAAUAAGCAACGGUGGUGAUUCCGUGUGGUAUUUGGUAAUAAUAAAGGUGUCUUCCCCUCUAAAUUCUAAUUUGUGCCGUACUACACCUGCAGUAGUACUUAAGUAUUUAUAGAUGUUUUAAACUGGCUUUCCCUCAACAUAAUAUGUUACUAUGUAAGCUUCUUGCGAGCC